AUGUCUGAAGUACAAAAUAAUAUUAACAAUCAAGAAUCAUUAAAGAUGAAAAUAAAUAUUCGUAUAACUGAAAAUUUUAUUAUCGUUUGGUUAGAUUUGAAAGGUAAUGAAUUGGAUGAAAGUUUAAUGAAUCAACUUCGAAAAAUGAUUAAUUCAAUUAAUGUAUUUUCUGAUACAGUACAAUGUCUUAAUUAUCUUUCUCAAAUUCAACAUGAACAAAUAUUUAUGAUAGUAUCAAAUUUUUUUGAUCGUAAAUUUUUUUCUAAUAUAGAAGAAAUUUCACAAAUUAAUUCAAUUUAUGUAUUAUAUGAUAAAAAAAUUGAUUAUCAAGAAUAUCAAAAACUAAAAGUUUUUAAUAAAAUGGAACUUAUUUGUAAUGAACUUAAACGUGAUAUUUAUUUAUGUCAACGUAGUUUAACUCCAAUUAGUAUUAUAAAUUCAAAUUCAAUAACGAAUUUAAAUGAAUUAGAUGAAACAUUUAUAUGUUCACAGUUAAUUAAAGAUAUUUCAAUUAAUAUGAAUUAUAAUGAAAAUGCAAAAAAAGAACUGGUAGAAUAUUGUCGUGCACAAUAUGCUGAUAAUCGAUAUCAAUUACAUAUUAUUAAUGAAUUUGAACGUGAUUAUAAUCGUCAAUCAUCUAUUUGGUGGUAUACACGAAAUUGUUUUACUUAUUCUAUGAUAAAUAGAGCUUUAAAACUACAAGAUACAGAACUAAUUAUUAGAAUGGGAUUUUUCAUACGAGAUCUUUAUGAACAAAUUGAAGAGAUCUAUUCAAAAAUAGGUAAACAACAUUCAUUAACUGUUUAUCGUGGUCAAGGUAUGUUAAAUGUCGAUUUUGAAAAAUUACUGAAAAAUAAAAAUGGACUUAUAUCAUUUAAUAAUUUUUUUUCUGCAAGUACUGAUCGACAACUAUCAUUAAAUUUUGCUAAACAAUCUCUAAAUAAUGCAAAUUUAACAUCUGUUCUAUUUCAAAUGCAUAUUAAUCCAUUGAUUGCAUCAAGUCCAUUUAUUUCAUUAGAUAAAAUAAGUUAUCAUGCUAAUCAUAAAAAUGGUAUUCUUUUUCCUAUGCAUACGAUAUUUCGAAUAAAUGCAAUCAAACAAAUUGAAAAUCAUUUAUGGCAAAUUAAUUUAACAUUAACAAAUAAUAAAGAUGAACAAAUUACACGUCUUACUGAAUUUACACGUCAAGCUACUGAUGGAGAAACUGGUAUGCAUCGUAUGGCUAAAUUAAUGCUUGCUAUGGGCAAAAUUGAUAAAGCAAAAGAGAUUUAUUUAGCAUUACUUAAAACAACAAAAGAUGAUGAUAAAAAAGAACUUGCUCAUUUACAUCAUCAACUUGCAUAUAUUUAUGAACAAAAAGAUGAUUCAACAAAUGCACUUUCACAUUAUGAUCAAUCACUUAAUAAUUAUUUAACUUAUUUACCAAUCAGUGAUCCAAUACUUUGUUCAACAUAUUCAAAUAUUGGAUUAAUUCUUAAAAAACGAGGAAAUUAUAAUAGUGCUUUAGAAUUUCUUCAACAUGCUCUUGAUAUUGAUCUUAUUGCACCAAAACCUGAUCAACUUGAAAUUGCUAUUCUAUAUAUUAAUAUUGGUGGUGUAUAUGAUGCACAAGGAAAAUUUACAGAAGCUUUAGAAAAUUAUGAAAAUGCACUUGAAAUUGUACGUAAACAUCUUCCACCUUGUCAUCCAUUAAUAGGAGCUACUCAUAAUAAUAUUGGAUUAGUAUAUUCUUCAAUGAAAGAUUAUUCAAAUGCAUUAAUACAUUUUAAAGAAACACUUCAAAUUGAACAAAAAACACUUCCACGUGAUGAUCCAUCAUUAAUUAUGACAUAUACAAAUAUAGCUGGAAUAUUUGAAGAUCUUCAUCAAUAUAAAGAAGCUAUUCAACAUGCUGAAAAAGCUGCUAAUAUUUUACUUAAUACAUUUGAUACUAAUCAUCCACAGAUUACUUUAAUACAAGAAUAUUUGGAACACUUACGACAGAAACAAUAA